AUGGCCCUCAGAAUCUUAUCGAUAGCGGUGAUUGGCAAGCACUGUCAGCCACUGUUCGUCGGAGACUAUACACCAAGCAACGCUAGGAGCAGAUCGAUCAUAAAAGAUCAGAACAGCCAGCGAGAGCCUGCUCUGGACGAUGAAGAUGGAUGCGACAUCACUUGGCACUACGUCGCUCAUUGCAGCCUAGACAUCUUCGAGGAGCGCGAGAAUGGCAGCCAGCGCCCCUCAGACUCGUAUUUUGGUCUGCUCUACUCGAUGGAUGAUUAUGCAGUAUACGGCUACACGACGAACUCUGGCGUCCGGCUUGUCUUGACUAUUGGCCUGGUCGACGUUCUCAUACGAGACCUUGAUAUCAAGCUGGUCUUCCGCGCAAUACAGAACGCAUACUCCGCCAUCCAGCUGAACCCAUUCGCUGACAUACCCGAAUCGCAAGAUGAGCUUGCGCUGCCUAUCAAAAGCAAAGCAUUUCGACGAGCAAUGGACAGCAUCGCCGGCUUCGAACGCCCUCGUGCCAGCAUAGACCGUAUCAGUCGAGCCACGGGCAGGCUCAGCCAUUCACAGAAUAGCUGA